GCACGCCGCGAUGCGCAGAGGGGCCGCACCGCACCAUGAAGCUCCGCAGCAAGGCGGCGGCGCUGCUCCUGCUCGCGCUGGCCGCGCUGCUGCUGGCGCUGCUGUCCCUGCGCGCCGGCCGCUCCGAGCCCCCCGCACCGCCCGGGCACCCCGCGUCCGCCCCGCAGCGCCACCCGGCGCCGCUUCCCGCGCGCCCGCCGGGGUCCCGCGCCCUCCCGGGGGCCCGCCCGCGCGCUCCGAGGCGCAGGCCCCCGCGUCCGCGUCCCCGAGCCGGCCGCCGGGGCGCCGGCAGCCUGGACAAGUUGGCGAGGAGGCCCGGACAGCUGAGGAGCGUCCAUGCUGUCCUGCCGCCUGAGCUCUGGAUCCACCUGGCCGUGGUGGCCUGCGGCAAUCGGCUGGAGGAGACACUGGUCAUGCUCAAAUCAGCCGUGCUUUUCAGCCACAGGAAGAUCCAGUUUCACAUCUUCACUGAAGACUCUCUGAAGCCUGAGUUUGAUAAGCAGUUACGACAGUGGCCUGACUCAUAUACAAAGAAGUUUGAGCACAGGAUCUACCCCAUCACCUUUUCUGUUGGAAACCCUCAGGAAUGGAAGAAGUUGUUCAAACCCUGCGCUGCCCAGAGACUCUUUCUUCCGGUGAUUUUAAAGGAUGUGGACUCGCUUCUCUAUGUGGACACUGACGUCCUCUUUCUGAGACCUGUCGAUGACAUCUGGAAGCUUCUGCGGCAGUUCAACUCCACCCAGCUGGCAGCCAUGGCCCCAGAGCAUGAAAUCCCCAAGAUCGGCUGGUAUAGCCGCUUUGCUCGCCACCCUUUCUAUGGCUCUGCGGGAAUUAAUUCAGGGGUCAUGCUGAUGAAUCUAACUCGGAUAAGAAGUACCCAGUUCAAGAACAGCAUGACUCCGACAGGCCUGGCUUGGGAGGACAUGCUGUACCCGCUGUACCAGGCAUACAGGAACGCCAUCACGUGGGGGGACCAGGACUUGUUAAAUAUCAUCUUUUACUUCAACCCAGAGCGCCUCUACCUGUUCCCCUGCCAGUGGAACUACCGGCCGGAUCACUGCAUGUACGGGAGCAACUGCCGAGAGGCUGAGCGCGAGGGCGUGUCGGUCCUGCACGGCAACCGGGGCGUCUACCACGACGACAAGCAGCCCACCUUCAAGGCGCUCUACGAGGCCAUGCGGGACUUUCCCUUUCAAGACAACCUCUUUCAGUCCAUGUACUACCCUCUCCAGCUCAAGUUCCUGGAGACGGUGCACACUCUCUGUGGACGGAUCCCACAAGUUUUCCUGAAGCAAAUCGAGAAAACCAUGCGGAGAGCUUAUGAGAAGCACGUCAUCAUCCACGUGGGCCCUGACCACACGCACUGACCGUCUCCUCGAGUUCCGGGCCCUCAGGCUUCUGUGGCCAAGGAAGUGCCCAGAUCUUUUCUGUGUGAAUAUUUUUAAUGGUGCUUCAUGACUGUUGAGUAUUAAAAGGCUUAUUACAUUUUGCUAAAUUAGUUGCCCCCAAAAGGGAACAUGCCUUUAAUUUUUUCUAAAAUCCUAUUUAUCUCUUUAAAAACAAAAACAAAAACCCUACUACUAUGCAGGUAACAGUGCUCCAGCAGGUCCGGCUGGCUGUGGAAAGGAACUUUCCAGAACCUUUCAAUUCUCGGCUAGUGUGUGAGGCCAUUUCAGUGGCAUCUGAUGAUCCCGAGCCUCCUUCUAUGCAAUUGGCACCCUCACCCUUGUUAUAAAAGUCAUCCGUAGUUAGGAGGCAAACAAACAGACUUUAGAGUAUAGGUCAAGGGUCCAAAAUCAACAUUAGGUUAGUCGUCCCACCAACCAGUGGAAAAGAUGGUCACCAUUUUAAUGUACCUCCUUCCAGCCCUCCCACCACCCUACUUUUUUUAAACCUUUUUUUCUUAUUUUCUACGUCUGAUUUUCCAUUAUAACUCAUAUUUACAACAGGUAAUCUCAGUAACAGUGGCCCCUAUGCUGAGAUUUUUAUGUAGGAGGCUAAAAAGUCAGACAAGAUGAUCAUGUUUACAGCACUUUACUCGAAUGUAUCUGGAAGAAGCAUUCGGAUCUCAACUGACUGGGCAAUGUUCAAGGAUGAGGCAUAUAUCUGAGGGUGUUUCUCAAGAAAAUUGCUUACAUUUGUGGAGGACUAAAUCAUGAGAAAUGUCUAUGCAACAGUAAUUUCUGGAAGGAAAUUCAGUAAUUGCACGGACCCAGGAAUCUCUUUAGCAAAGUGAUGUGACUUUGUGUUUACUCAGAGACAAACGAAUUGGGUGUCUUCAGCCAUCAGUAGGCGUGGGCACCUCUCUCCUGCUCUUGGGCAGUGGUGGAAAUCAAUACCAACUUCAGAUUUUAAUGGGAUCAAAGCCAACAGUUCUAAUUCCAUUGGCCAAAAAAUUACCUCACUACCAGCCUCAGAAAGUCUGAUUUUUUUUUCCUCUUUUCCUCUGGGGUUACCCAGCUGUUCACCAAGAAACCCGGCAGGUCUUAGGACCAAGCUACGAUACUGGAAAUUCUAUAUUCUCUUCCCUACAGGAAACUGACUUUCCCCCUGUUGCUCCUAUGUUGGUAUUGACAGUGGGACAUUUCGCAUAUUUCUUUAUCACAAAUGGCUUUUGCAUAAAUGACAUCUUUAAAGUUUCCCACAGCCUAAUGAACUUGGUGGGGACCUACAUCAUCUCCAUUAGGUAAAUAAGGAAAUUAUGAUACAAAGAAAUGAAUGUACCAAAUAAAAUUGCUUUUCUAUAAGUCACACAGGUCUGCGUAAGAUGCAUCCAAUUUUACAGAAACAUUUUUUGGAAAUAAAAAUAUGGAGCCCCUUGCUUCAUAGACAGCAAUCCACAAGAGAAAAAUGGAAAGCAUGAUUUUUAUUAAUGUCAGUAUGGCGUCCUGUGUAUCAGAAUCCUAGGACAUCACAUCAGCAGAGUGUCUUCCCCUGAAAGAGAUGAAAACCUCAGCAUUCAAAGACAUGAGCAGAUUCCGGUCACUGCUGGUGUGUGUGCCGCAACUGUGGUUGUCACAAGCUUAAGUCUGCAAGAGCAGGCAGUCACCCCGGCUCUCCUGGUGUCCAGUUGGAUGGUCUGGUUUGUUCCCUGUUAAGGAAACUGCCACUGUGAUGUGGAACUCUUAUUUUGCUCUUUUGUCCCCUCAUGCACCACCAGA